UGAGCCUCAAAAGAAUAAGAAAAAAGGAAAAAAAAAAAAAAACCUCUAAUUGGUUUUUCAAUAUUAUAUUCUCUUUACCUUACCUGUCCAGGAAAAGCUUAUUGGUAGGAAAAAAAAAUCAUUUAUUAGUUGUUGUUUAAUGGCUUAGUCCUAAUACAAUAUAGAGAGUGGUAUUAUUAGUAUUACAUACUGUGAAGGAGAUACAGAGGAGAGAGGAAUUUGAGUUUAGAGAGAGAGCAGCAAAAAUGGAGGUAGGAUUCUUGGGGUUAGGGAUAAUGGGGAAGGCCAUGGCCACUAAUUUGAUUAAGAGUGGAUUUAAGGUCACUGUUUGGAACAGAACACUUUCUAAGUGUAGUGAACUGGUAAAUUUAGGUGCUUCCAUUGGAGAAAGUCCUGCAGCUGUGGUCAAGAAAUGUAAGACUACCAUUGCUAUGAUCUCUGAUCCUGCUGCUGCUCUUUCGGUGGCUUUUGACAAAGAUGGAGUUCUUGAAGAAAUUUGCAGUGGAAAAGGUUAUAUUGACAUGUCAACUGUUUCUCCUGAGACUUCCAUAAAAAUCAGCUCGGCAAUUACAGCAAAGGGUGGUUCCUUUCUUGAAGCUCCUGUUUCAGGCAGCAAGCAGCCUGCUGAAGCUGGUCAACUAGUAAUCCUUGCUGCUGGGGACAAGGCAUUGUAUGAUGCAGCAAUCCCAGCUUUUGAUGUGAUGGGGAAAAAGUCUUUCUUCUUAGGGGAGGUUGGGAAUGGAGCAAAAAUGAAACUUGUGGUCAACAUGAUAAUGGGCAGUAUGAUGAAUGCAUUUUCUGAGGGACUGGUGCUGGCAGAAAAGAGUGGACUGGACCCUUAUGAUCUCCUUGGUGUUGUGGAUCUUGGCGGAAUUGCCAAUCCAAUGUUCAGGGGGAAAGGACCAGCCAUGCUUAAGGGAAACCACUCCACUUCGUUUCCUCUGAAACAUCAGCAGAAGGACAUGAGGUUGGCUCUCGCACUUGGGGAUGAAAAUGCUGUAUCAAUGCCAGUAGCAGCUGCAGCAAACGAGGCUUUCAAGAAGGCAAGGAGCAUGGGGUUAGGGGACCUUGACUUUUCAGCUGUUUAUGAGAUUGUGAAGAUGCGCAAGGACUAAUCUUGGUUACUGUAGGUAGAGUUGCAGAACACAAUGUUUCUUAAAACUUCACUGGUGUGGUUCUUGCACAACUAAAGAACAGUGUGAUGAGGUUGUGAAUAAUAUUUUAUCAGCAUUGGCUGUCCCCUGUGAUGUAGAACUAUUCUGCAUAUUUUAGUUCCUUUAGAACUGCAACUCUUUGGAAGUGAAAUUAUAAGGUCUGAUGAUCCAAAUAAUCAAAAACCUUUUUCGACUUUUUCCAACUUUA